AUGGCCACUCACGUUAUGACCUCAACCCCGAGUCAGAUCUCUGUCUACGGACAGCCAUCUCCCACCAACUCCGCCAAUAAUUCUGCCACCAAUACGCCCUCCAAUAAUUCCCCCACCUCCCCACGCAUGGCCACCGCCUCGCUGCACCAACUGCCCCUGCAGUCGCGCCAGCUGCGUCCUCUCAAGGGCCCGCUCUACGUCCCCGCCGCCCUGCGUCCAACCGAGCGUCCCCAGAAGUCGUCCCCCAUCACGCCUCCCCGCAGCGUGCACGGCUCCCUCGACAGUCUGAACGAGGACGUCGAGCCCAUCAGUCGUCGCUCCACCAUGGAAAGCCAGUCCAGCGGUAUCAGCCAGGUCGCUCAGCACGAGUUGAUGAAGAUCGAGGAUCUGGGCGAAGUCACCGGUCAACCGACCCGCGAGCACUGGAAAGCCGACUCCGCCUCUUCAAACUGCGACUCCCCAACCUGUCGCUCCUCUUUUGGAAUCUUUCUCCGUCGCCACCACUGUCGUCACUGCGGCCACGUUUUCUGCGCCUCCCACACCCCGCACCUCGUCCCCCUGGAUCAAAACGCCCGCUUCCACCCAGAAGGCGUCCCCUCACGUGCCUGUGAUCUCUGCUGGAGCGCUCACCAGCGCUGGGAGGAAACUCGCUCCGACCGUCUGAAUAAAAUCCAGAAUAACAUGGACGCUCAAGUCGGUGUCUCCGUGCCUGACUCGGAACAUAUUGAGAACCAGGAGUCGAAGGCUCAGUCUACUGAGGUUGCUGCCUCGGUUCCUCGUGACUGGAACUGGAGUACUUUUUAA